UCUCAGCGCGCCCGGGGCGGCCGCGGGCAUGGGAGGCGCUGCCUGGCGCUGGGCGCUGCGCGCCGCCCGCCUCCUGCACGGCGCCGGCGGCGGGAGGGCUCCGGCGGUGCGGCGGGGCGGCCCGGGCUGCGCGCCUGCCGCUUGCACCGCUUCGUCCGCCGGCUCCGCGUCCUCAAGCUCUGGGGAUGAGGCUCUGAGGGACAAACGUGCUCGGAUCCUGUCACGAGGGCUGCCUAAGCAGAAGCCCAUCGAAGGAGUUAAGCAGGUGGUGGUUGUGGCUUCUGGAAAAGGAGGAGUUGGAAAAUCAACAACAGCAGUAAAUAUAGCCCUCGCCCUAGCAGCAAGUGAUUCGGCAAAAGAAGUUGGUUUGCUUGAUGCAGACAUAUAUGGACCUUCAAUUCCAAAGAUGAUGAACUUAAAAGGAAACCCAGAAUUAACACCAAAAAAUCUAAUGAGGCCUCUUAAGAACUAUGGAAUCGCAUGCAUGUCUAUGGGUUUCUUGAUAGAAGAGACUGCCCCGGUUGUGUGGAGAGGGCUCAUGGUAAUGUCAGCUGUUGAAAAAUUGUUGAGACAGGUUGACUGGGGUCAACUGGACUAUUUAGUGAUUGACAUGCCACCUGGGACUGGGGAUGUACAGCUGUCAGUAUCACAGAAUAUUCCAAUUGCAGGAGCUGUGAUUGUCUCCACUCCACAAGAUGUGGCUUUAUUGGAUGCACACAAAGGAGCUGAAAUGUUUAGAAAAGUCCAUGUACCUGUUUUAGGACUAGUUCAAAAUAUGAGUGUUUUCCAAUGUCCCAAAUGUAAGCAUGAGACACAUAUUUUUGGAAAUGAUGGCGUAAAAGAUCUGGCAAAAACUCUUGGAUUGGAUACUUUGGGAGACGUUCCACUGCACAUGAAUAUACGGGAGACGUGUGAUUCAGGACAGCCUGUUGUGGUCUCUCAGCCUCAAAGUGAUGCUAUGGUGAAAAUUCAAACCUUUUUAUUACCAUGGAAAGACCAAACCAUUGAAAGGAGGAAAAUGUUUCUGAUGAAGCUAUGCCACUGUGCAGAAUGGAAGGAAAGACAGUAAAGAGCCUGACACUGGAGCUGGAACACUAGCUGGACUGGAGGAUGCUGAAACACUGGUCUUCCUAUUCACCCUAUGAUAGACAGUUGUUAGAGAAAAAUAAAAGGACUGAAAUAGUUUACAGCACUGGAAUAAGGGGCCAGGAUUCCUUACUCCUGAGGAAAUUCCCUGGCCAAUACAGAUAAUAGAGUGAUCUGACAACAGUGUGUUGGGAGGGGUUUUCUGCAUGUGUUUGUGUCCUGCUUUGUAUAUGUACUCAUGUUUUCUGAAUCUGGCCCUAAGCAAUUUGUCGAUUUCACAAGCAAUUUAAUGGCAAAACUAACACAUGCUUCUAUUCCAUGAGCAGAAACUGUAACUUCUGCACUCUUGGAAGGAAUUUUAAAAGCCUGAGGCAGAUUCAGCAAUUUGUGUGAUGUACAAAGGUGCAAAUGCCAGAGAAUCUAGUUACUUCUCCUAGUGGAGAAAGGGUUUUUGACAGCGGAAAAAAAGUUGUUUUUUUUCUGUUGUAGGCCAUAAUGGAUUGCACACCCCAAUGUAAGGUGGGGAAACCUUGUAAGUACCUGGGAAAGAGCUCUUCUAUCUGUAUUCUAGAUGUAGGUUUGGCUCAGCUCUGCUGGGGAUUAUUUGCCACACACUGCUUGCAUCUUAUUAUAUUAAUGAAUCAUAUAUGUGCAUCAUGGGAGAAAUUUGGAUCCUAGUGGAGAUUGGCAAGCAUCCGACUGACUAAACAGCAGACAUAGCUGAACCCAGUUGAGACUAAGGACACUAAUGGAUUCCUGUAGGGUAUUUCUCAGCAAAAAUGGCCUGCCCUGCUGCUGGCAAGCUUUUGAAACAAAGCAACCAUUAGCUGUCCCAUGAACUCUUUAAGUCCUUCAGGUAAUGCAUUUCACUUGACAUAGAAAUAAACUGCUACUUUUAUUUUUCAGACGAAGCUAAAAUGAUAUUUCUAGAAAAGUGAGAAUAAAUGUUCUUUUUUAAAGCAAAGAGCAAAACCAACCAGUCAGUUUUCUGAAUGCAAUCUGUGUGAUUAAUGUGUCUCGAAAUACAGACAUUUCUAUAAAAUAUUAAUCACUUCACUUCUGGACUGUAUUAAAUUACAUUUAGCAAUUCUGAAAUUCCUUCCAUAUACUUUAUGAGCAAAUAAUAUUUAUUAAAAUUUUUCAUCCUGUAAACCACUUCCUGCAUAAUUUUACUCUCUUUUUAAAAAAUCUGAUUUGUUUGCCAGGGAAAAUAGAAGCUCAAGGAGCAUCCUAGGAGAAGAGAUCACUUUUGUGAGCAGGAAUUCAAGGAACAUAUUUACUUUUCCUUAUACCUAUAGGGUAGAAAAUUUCAGACAUGAGACUGUUGAAGAGUAACUGAUUUUUUAAAAAUAUUUUGCUUUUUUAAGGAUGUAAUCAUUGUAGCUUCUCUAAUUUAAAUUAUUUACAUAAGGAAGUCUAUAUUACAAUUAUGAAUACAGUUUAAAUGCUUGAUGUAUCCCAUAGCACCCAGAAUGAUUGAAAUGUGUUUCAUUUUCUGUUUUACUAAAGGAAAAAUUCCCCUAAUUGCAAAGUAAUGUGAUGCCAUAUUAGUUGUUUGAUGUAAUAAAGUGUAUAGUUCACAAAUA